UCUAUUCCCUCUGAAAUCUGCCGAUCGGUAAAGUAUUGCAGAAUUUCAGAAUGCAGUCAGGCCUGGUAGCCGACGUCCAGUUGUGCACUUUUUUUCCCCUUAAUGAUUUUUAAUUUAGUAGGAUCGCGAAAGAUAAUGAGCAAAAGCUGAAGGCGCUUUUGCCAGACAUGUUUCGUGGUGAUCUGCAGCACAGUGAAGAGGCGCGGCAGUACGGCCCAGGGGGCCUAACGAUCCCCACUCCCGAUGUGACUCGGUAUCACCUCGCCUAUGGUUCAGUGUUGCGUCCCGAUCGGCCGGGUCCCCGGGGGCCGUAUGCUCCGGGCGUGCGGCACUUAGCCGCUUUCCCUCCGCCGCCCCAACAGCGUCUUCCGCAGUGCAAGGUGCUGCCGUUCCCCGGCUCGGGGGGGAGCCGAGGGCAGGGCGACGGGCUCCGCGAAGAUGGCUUCGGCCAGCCUCAGGCCUCAGCAUCUAUUCACAGGGGCAUCUCCGUGGAGUCUGCAGCCUCGUCUGUGUGCCCUGGGGAGGCCGGAUCACCACCAGCACAGGGUGGCCAACGACAGCCGGACAACAGCGCCAAAGCCGGUGAGGAAUUUCUCCGACUUCUUGCGGCCAGAGAAAGAAUACAUGCAAUGCAUGACAGAGGGGAUGUGCGGUACCCAACUGCCCGCCACGACACAGCCUUCGACAGCUGCAGUUUCUUGAGGAGGAGCCCAGUCAGGGGCAGGAGUCAAGGCCCACAAGGCACCAGGAGAAGCAGGGGGCGGAGCAGAACCCGGUCUCGAAGCAGGAGCCGUGGGAAAAGCAGGGGGCGGAGCCGUGGGAAAAGCAGGGGGCGGAGCCAGAGCCGUCCUCACAGCAGGAGUCGGAGCCGCGGAAAAAGCCAGGGGCGGAGUGAGAGUCCGAACGUGCGAGCGGAAAGGAGUCUCGGGGAUGGGACUGCCGAUAUUCUCUGGAAGCUGCGGCUGGUGCAUCGACGCAAAGAGCUGGAGAAGCUGCUGCUGGAGGCCAAGAGGCUCAUCCUACAGAGACGGGACUCCCCAGGAGAGGGCACCGUGGAGCAGCAGGGCAGCAGUAUGUCUACGGAGGCCAGACACUUCCUCAACACCAUCGCCAAGGGGAUGGAGUCAGGUCUUCUGGCAUCCAUCCUGGGGGAAAGGAAGGAAGAAAUGGGGGAGGAGUCCCGUGAGAUGGGUGAAAAAGUAGUCAAUGUCUCCGGCGUGCAACAGGAGACACGGACGGAGAAGAUCUGUGAUUCUCUCCUCCCUCACGAGAAGGUCGGACUGGACGUGGGCGGGUUCUCCCGCAUUUUGGGCCUGAUGGGAGAUUCAGGAAGCCAGCAGGACGGGAAGAAGAACUUCACAGACAUAGAGGACGAGGAGCGGUUCCUCUAUGGGGAUGAAGAGGAGGUAAGGGAGGAGCUGGCUGGUGCCUCAUCCCUGGUGGGAUCCACACGGCCGCAGAAUCAGCCUGCAACACAGGAGGGCGCAAAGCCUAAAAGCGAGAAAGAGUCCCUGGGCAGGCAGGAAGCUGCAGUGAAGCCGGGCGUGGAGGAGGUGAAGAAGCUUCUGCUGAAGGCCGCUGGGCUGGGCCUCGGUGUGGCUGAAGCAGCCAGGAUACCCAGUGGGCUGCGGGGAAAGGGGACAGAGUCGGCAGCACCUGGCCACCUAGAGACACGCCAGCAUCCCUCGUCCCAUCUGCCGGUCCAGGGGGUGUGGCCCAGCGAUGGCCCCAUUUGUGUGACAGUGCCAGGACGUGACACGAAGGCUGGAGGGGGGCGCAGCUUUGGAGACACCAUUGGAAGAGAGUGUGUCCAAGGCCGUGCUGUGAAAGUGUGUCGGGCACCUUCGGACCCCCCAGCGGACCAGCAGGCUGCCACUACGUGCUCGCCUUUCCCAUGGACACGGACCCCUCAUAUGGGGAGCCAGCAGUGUGUCAUGCGGCCCCUCUUCCCUGCCUACCUUGCGCCCUCACGGCAGCCGGUGAUGCCGGAGCUGCCGUCUGCACCAGUGACGGUUCCAGUUCCCUCUAAGGCAGAGAGCAUGCAGAGUGACAGCGGCUCGUGCCAACAAGAGAAGCCAUCGGGAGAGAGAUGCGAGGUCAUCAAAGGAGCAGAGCCAGCAGCCCAGGUGGAGAGCAGAAAGGAAUACCAUGUCAUGGAGCUCAAGAGGUUACUGGAGCAUCAAGGCUGUGACUUUAUCGUCCCCGUCGUUGGCUUCUAUUGCCAGCUGUGUGAAGAGUUUCUAGGAGACAUGGCCUCUGCCAAGAAGCACAUGGCGCACCAUGUCUGUGACAACCAGUCAAAGAAGCAGGAUCCUGCCACAGGGGGGCGCUCCACUCAAAAGCGAGGCCAUGAGGAAGCAGAUCUGGGUUCUUGGAGAACCUCAGAGUGGGCAGUGAUUCCAGAAAGAAAGACGGAAAGGUCACUGCUGGUCACAGAGUUCGCCGGUGUGACAAAGUGUAUCAGGAGGGACCCGGCGGAGGGAAAGGGUGCGGCAGGCGGAGGUACGGCGGACAGCCCCGUAGGGUGCGAGAAGGAGAAGAGGAGGAAGAAGAAGAGAGAGAAGAAGAAGAAAGAGAAGAAGAAGAAAAAGAGGAAAGACUGACUGGCAGCACUAAUGGUGUGGUGAUUGCAGAGGUGUUGGUUGCAGUACCUCCACUGUUAACGUAUGCAUUUGCUGUGACAUUGUCAUGGUUACCUGCAGGAUGAUAUGCAUGCGGUGCAUUGUAUUUAUACAAAGCCAGACUUACAAGCUCCUUAAAUUGGUAAUUACAUUUACAUUUACAUUGUAACUGUAUAAGAGACCCAACUCCUGCUGCAGAAAGCCUCCCUUAAACCAUGACACUUUCUCCUCCAAAUUUACCUGACUUCUUUACACGUUUUGGGUUCAAUAUUUUCCAAGUAUGAUACCAAACAUGUUUCCCAUCAGAGCCAAAUAAAUUAAACUUGCUCUCCUCAAAGUGAACUCUGGACCAGUUUGCCUCAGUCCACCCAACAAGCUCAGCAAAGGUUAGUCUAGUCUUUAGAUUUUUCUUGCCGAUGAGAGGCUUCGACACUGCAGAGUGGGCUUUCCGCCCAAAUUGUCUUAAAUGGCCAAAGACAGAUCCUUACCCUCUUCAGCACUGAACUAGCAAGUAAUUCCCCAUAGCAAGUCUCUGCAUCAUCUUGUCCUCUCAUGCAUUUGUUUUAUGUGGACAACCAGCCUUUUUUAGGGGGAUUUGAACAAAGUACUGCCAUUAUAAAGAGCUGAAAAGAUGCGAUGUUCUAGAAAUCACAGUCUUGGAAUGACCAAUUUCCUCUUGCAAUGGCUGAAAGGGUGUCUCUUUGGCCCUCAUCUGGAGUUUUGGUCACUUUAGAGCAGUUCAUCAUCUUGCAGAGUAAUUAGGAGUGCUGCAAGUUAAAUAGGGUUUGUCAGAUAAUUAAGGAAAUUAGCACCAGGUCCCAGAUCAGCACCAAUGACUGGGAGGUAUCUGAGAGUUCUCUAAUUUUGAUCAGCGUUCUUCAAAUUUCUCAGUUAAAUGUUUUUAUAUUGUAUGAAUGAUUAAACGUGCAUCCCUUCUG